AUGCACCGCCGUGUCCUUGUCUCUGGUCUUCCUAGGGUUCUCCCUCCCUCCCCUCCCUUGCCUGCUCCUCCUUGUCAUCCCUGUGUUGAGGGGCGGCAGCGCGCCGCUCCUCACUCUUCCUCGUUUCCCCCGACGACUACUCCCCUACAGACCCUGCACACGGACAUGUGGGGCCCAGCCCACGUCAGUGGCCAGGACUGCGAGCGGUACUUCCUGCUGGUUGUUGGCGACUAUUCGCGUUACACCACGGUCUUCCCCUUGCGCACCAAGGGUGAGGUCCCUGAUGUUUUGAUCCCUUGGAUUCGCGCUGCCCGUCUCCUGCUCCGUGAGCGAUUCGGGACGGAGUUUGUCGUCCUGCAUCUGUACUCUGACAGAGGUGGAGAGUUUUCCUCCGACCUUCUGCAAAACUUUUGCUGGGGGGAGGACAUUCUCCAGACUUUCACGCUUCCAGCCUCUCCGCAGCAGAAUGGGGUUGCUGAGCGCCGCAUUGGCUUGGUCAUGGAGGUCGCGCAUACCUCCAUGGUCCAUGCGGCUGCCCCCCAUUUUCUGUGGCCAUUUGCGGUCCGCUACGCCGCGCAUCAGCUCAACCUCUGGCCCCGUGUCUCCUUGCCGGAGACCUCUCCCACACUGUGGUGGACGGGGAAGGUUGGCGAUGCGUCGGUGUUCCGGGUCUGGGGUUCUCGUGCCUUUGUCCGCGAUACCGCUGCGGACAAGCUCUCCGCCCGCGUUGUUCCCUGUGUCUUCCUUGGCUUUGUCCCUAACGAACUUGGUUGGCAGUUUUACCACCCCAACUUGCGCCGUGUCUUCCCCUCUCAGGACGUCACGUUUGACGAGCCGGUGUGUCUCAGCUUGGGGGUGCGGAGCGUGGGGGUGCUGAGCCGGGGGGUACUGAGUCUGGGGGUGCCGUACCUGGGGGCGCGGAGGCGUCUGGUGAGCAGUCUCCCUGGAGCGGCCGUCUCCGUGCUCACUCCGCUGGUGCCUCGCAGAUACACUCUCGUCGUCGUCUCCCUCUCUCCCCACAGCAGUUGUGUGAGUGGUACGUUAGCCGUCAGGGUCGCGCUGCUGGAGCUGGGGGCCCUGCUACGGGAUGCGUUGGGGUUGGAGGCACUGGAGCUGGCGCUGUCCCUCUCUCCCCACAGCAGUUGCGUGAGUGGUACGUUAGCCGUAAGGGUCGCGCUGCUGGAGCUGAGGGUCCUGCUGAGGGAGGCGCUCGAGCUGGUACUGGAGCUGCUGGGGCUGGAGGUCCUGCAAGACCUGGAGGUGCUGCUGUCGACUUUGAGGUUGGAGGCCCUGGAGCAAGAGGUGCCGGUUCUAGGAGCGCUGCUGUUGGAGUCCCUGGGGCUGGAGGUGCCGGUUCUAGGGAUGCUGCUGCUGGUGGUGCUGGUACUGGCGGUUCUGGAGCUGUUGGAGGUGCUGGCGCUAGUGGCGCUGGAGCUGGAGAUUCUGGAGCUGCUGGGGGUGCUGGCGCUGGUGGCGCUAGAGCUGGAGGUUCUGGAGCUGUUGGGGGUGAUGGCGCUGGUGGCGCUGGAGCUGGAGGUUCUGGAGCUGCUGGAGCUGCAGGAGUCAUGCUGA